GGCUGCCUCUUGCUAGGUUCUGCUCACCCACUUGGUAGCACAGUUAGACUUAGAGAUCCAGCCAAGGCAGACAGACAGGGCUCAGAACCUCAGUCCUGCCAUGGAGGAUGGGCAGCAGAGAGAGAAGGUGAAGCCCUUGGGCUUCCUCAAGCCUACCUCCUUGAUGAAGGUUUCUGGCCGCUUUAAGGCACACCAGGAUGCACUGCCGCGGCUGCCUGUGCCCCCACUUCAGCAGUCCCUGGACCAUUACCUCAAGGCACUGCAGCCCAUUGUGAGCGAGGAGGAGUGGGCUCAAACCAAGCAGCUGGUGGAGGAGUUCCAAGCCUCCGGGGGCGUGGGGGAACGCCUGCAGAAGGGGCUGGAGCGCAGGGCCCAGAAGACAGAGAACUGGCUAUCCGAGUGGUGGCUCAAAACAGCCUACCUCCAAUACCGCCAACCUGUGGUCAUCUGCUCCAGCCCAGGUAUGGCGUUACCCAAGCAGGACUUCGUGGACCUGCAGGGUCAGCUCCGAUUUGCUGCCAAACUCAUCGAGGGUGUACUGGAUUUCAAGGCUAUGAUUGACAAUGAAACCCUUCCUGUGGAGUACCUGGGCGGAAAGCCACUGUGCAUGAACCAGUACUAUCAGAUCCUGUCCUCCUGCCGUGUGCCAGGCCCCAAGCAGGACAUGGUCAUCAGCUUCAGCAAGACCAAGAAGCCACCCAUGCACAUCACUGUGGUACACAACUACCAGUUUUUCGAGUUGGACGUGUACCAUAGUGAUUGGACACCACUCACUGCAGAUCAGAUCUUCGUGCAGCUAGAGAAGAUAUGGAACUCAUCACUGCAAACCAACAAGGAGCCCGUGGGCAUCCUCACCUCCAACCACCGCAACUCCUGGGCCAAGGCUUACAACACCCUCAUCAAAGACAAGGUGAACCGGGACGCAGUGCGCUCCAUCCAGAAGAGCAUCUUCACCGUGUGCUUGGAUGCGCCCAUGCCAAGGGUCUCUGAGGAUGUGUACCGCAACCACGUGGCUGGUCAGAUGCUGCACGGAGGCGGCAGCAAGCUGAACAGUGGCAACCGCUGGUUCGAUAAGACGCUGCAGUUCAUUGUGGCAGAAGAUGGCUCCUGUGGGCUCGUUUAUGAGCACGCAGCAGCAGAAGGUCCCCCCAUUGUAGCCCUUUUGGACCAUGUCAUCGAGUUCACGAAGAAGCCUGAGCUUGUGCGGUCUCCCAUGGUGCCCUUGCCCAUGCCUAAGAAGUUACGGUUUAACAUCACCCCUGAGAUCAAGAGCGACAUUGAGAAGGCCAAGCAGAACCUCAGCAUUAUGAUCCAGGACCUGGACAUCACAGUGAUGGUGUUUCACCACUUUGGAAAGGACUUCCCCAAGUCAGAGAAGCUGAGCCCAGAUGCCUUCAUACAGAUGGCUCUACAGCUGGCCUACUACAGGAUCUACGGGCAGGUGUGUGCCACAUAUGAGAGCGCCUCCCUGCGCAUGUUCCACCUGGGCCGCACGGACACCAUCCGCUCAGCCUCCAUGGACUCACUGGCCUUCGUCAAAGCCAUGGAUGACUCCAGCAUGACGGAACACCAGAAGGUGGAGCUGCUACGGAAGGCUGUGCAGGCCCACCGAGCCUACACUGACCGGGCCAUCCGUGGGGAGGCCUUCGACCGACACCUGCUGGGCUUGAAGCUGCAGGCCAUUGAGGACCUGGUGAGCAUGCCUGACAUCUUCAUGGACACCUCCUACGCCAUUGCCAUGCACUUCAACCUCUCCACCAGCCAGGUCCCUUCAAAGACAGACUGCGUCAUGUUCUUUGGGCCCGUGGUCCCAGAUGGCUACGGCGUCUGCUACAACCCCAUGGAGGCCCACAUCAACUUCUCUCUGACGGCCUACAACAGCUGUGCAGAGACCAACGCCGCCCGCCUAGCGCACUACCUGGAGAAAGCACUCCUGGACAUGCGCGCCCUGCUGCAGAGCCACCCCCGGGCCAAGCUCUGAGCCCCCACUCUCAGGCCUGCCAACGCCACAGCCACAGCCAAGCCCACCCUGCGAUGGGCCCCCCACCAGACUCAACUCCUUUGUUCCCUCUUCCCCUGGUCUCCUGAGAUCUGACUUCCAGGAACAGCAUACUCUAGUGGGACCUGUGGGCCCAAGCCAAGUGCCUUCCGUGGGUCAUCCCCAGCACCUGCCGUGGCCUGAGUCCAGGGGCUGAGUUCAGAGGCCAGGCACGACGUCAGACCCAGGACCCCGGUGUAUCAUCCACGAUACUUUCUCUGGGGAAGGGAAAUGGUCUAGCACGUUCUUUGCCAGACAGGAGACUGUAAAGAACUUUUCUCACCAGCUCAGCUCUGGUCAGUCCCUGCCAUCUCUACAGCCAUGCUGGGGUCUGUACCCCAAUCCCCAAGCUCCCAAGAACCUGGAGCAGAGGAUUAUCUGGAGGCUGAGGGGCCAGGAUGGCAGGUUUCCUUCCCUCAGCCCACCCCACAUCGAAGACACCAUCUCCCUUCCGUGUGGCUGCCAUGCUCUCUUGGAUAAUGCGGCUCAUGAGCCUGGCCCUCUUGCUUCCACUCAGCUUGAUUCCUGAACCACAUUCAUGGCUGUAUAACAUGAACAUGCAAGGUAAUUAAUAAAGGGGAAACGUGUUGGUGAAAAGGUGUUUCAGCUGAGGAGCAGGCAGGGUGGGGGGCAGACUCCUGGCCUGGCCUUCUGGCUUUCCCUGGUUCUGGAAGUUGGUGGCCAAGCAGCCAGUGGGCCCAAGGGCUCCCUGAGGAGCCAAAAGGAAGAGUCCUCAGGCUUGGGUGAGGAAGCCAAGAGUCAGCUCCACCCUAAGGCACUGGGCCAGGAAUGGUGCCAGAUCCAGGGCUGUGUCCUUCACUGGCUUGAGCCUUGCCAAGUCCCGUGAGUUGUGGCUGGGGACAGCUCUCCCCAGGGGGCUGUGGGACCCAGCAGGAGUGGUAGUGGAGCUGGCACGCUCACACCCAGGCCCCGCCACUGCCUGGGCAGACACCUGCAGGGGGUGGGGUAGGGGGAGUGGCCACCUGAUCAGAACCAUACACUUUUCCCUAACUGCAUGCCCCGGGCAGAGGCAGGGUGUCAUGCCAAAAUCAAAUGGGCUGUUUCUGGGCCUCAAGGAAGGCACAUGUGAAACCUGACAAGCAGAUGCCUGGGGUUGGGUGGAGAGAGGUGGGCAAGCCUAUAAAGUGCAGUGCUUCAUAGGCUGUGUGACCUGCCACAAUCACGUGAGGGUGGGACUUGUGGCUUUCCCCGAAUUUCAGAUGAGGAAACAGGCUUAGAGAGAUUAAGGUCACCAGGACUCUAAAUGGUAGAGCAGAGAUUCCCAAGAGGUGGAGGCCAGACGAUGGGGGAGUGGGUGUUGCCCCCUGGCCUGGCUGGUCCUCAGACUCCAGGAGGCAGGCAGGUUGGGGAGAGGGAGGAGAGGGUGAGCAGGUGGACUUGGAAGAGAAUGCCACUUGGACAAGCACUAAGACUCUGCCCUACUGCUGGAGAACCUGGGCCAGCCUCAUCUGUACAGUGGGCUGAUGGGGCUCCCUCUGGGGGUGACUAGAGUCCUAGGAAGCGGGACCACAUCAGGCAUGGAGUGAGCACUGUCUGGGCAGUGCCCAGGCAAAGUACACCCAACCCAGCCUGGGGCAGUAGCAGAGAGAGGAGAGAGCCAGACUGGGGACACCACCCAGCAGACACCCAGGAUUCCCGAAAUUCACAUAAGUUGGGAUAGGUCUAAUGUAAGGCAGGAUUCCCCCAAAUUAUUCUCCAGAAGUGAGGGCAUCCCUCGCAUUUGAGCUGUUCAGGUCUCAUACUGUGCAGGUCCCUCAGUUCUUUACAGCCACAAAGCAGCAUUUAGGGAAGACCCAUUAGCAUCUAGAACAACCUCCAAUCACUGUUACAUGGGAUGUUUAGAGGUAGAAAUGGUGGGGAAAAGAGGCAAAGAGAGAAGAUUUAGUCAUUUUUCCUGAGGUCGUUCCUGUGACCUCACACUUUGCAAGUGUUGAUGUUGGGUAAGCAAGUGCUUUCAGCUGGUUGGGGAGAUCAUAUACACACUUGUACAGGGUAGAGUUUUAAAAUCUACCUAUCUGAACCUUAUGCCCAUGGACACUUGUGCCUCAGAGAAAAUUUUUUGGGACAGUGUCGUGCAUGAUAUUCAGGAGGUGCUGCUGUAUCUCAAACAGCUCGGCUGCAGUGAAGCCAGCAGACCCAGGAGAACCGGGUCAGCUGAUCCAGAGGUGGCUCCAGGGGUGACCAGACCCUGCCGCCCAUGAUGGCAGAUGAAGAAUUUGAUUUUCUCUUUUUUUGCAAAAUGAGUGAAAAAUCUGUUCUAAAUUAAUAUAGUUUGUGCAAUACAUCAUUUGAAAUUUUAAAGUGUAAUAAAAUUAAUGAAUUAAAGAUAAGUCAAUAUUUGGCUUUUUCCUAGA